CCCUUGCGCAGACUUCCGGUAUUUGACUGAGCAAAUCAUGCGGGAAGUGAAUAACGCCUGACGGGUUCGCGAUCCCUUCUCAGAUUCUUUCUUCCAGCUUUCCGAGGAUUUCUACAGGUCCUGAGCGAGCAAAGAUGUCCAUUUCCAUGUCCAGAGUGUUAAGUCGACGGCAGUCGUCCAACAGUUUGGACGCCGAGAGGCAAAAUUUCGAGAGAUUUCAGGCCUUGAGUAUUAACAAAGCCAUCAACCCUAACGAGGUGCCCGUGAAAGAGAAACACUGUCGCAGCACCAUCAUCGGGACACACCAGGAGAAAGGAGCCGCCACCUUCUGGAAGAUCGUCAACACGUUACCGCUGCAGGGCAACGCCAUCGUCUGCUGGAAGUUCUGCCAUGUCCUGCACAAACUGCUGCGGGAGGGGCACAGUCAUGCUCUGACUGACACCUACAAGUACGUGAGUCACCUGGCUGAUCUGGGCAGACUCUGGGGCCAUCUUCAGGAGGGCUAUGGAAAACUGAUCGCUCUGUACUGUAAACUGCUGGUCACCAAGAUAGAGUUUCACCGAAAGAAUGCAGCAUUUCCUGGCAAUCUACAGAUGUCGGAUGAACAGCUGCAUGCCGCAGGAGAAAAUGACGUCAACAACUAUUUCCAGCUGACAGUAGAGAUGUUUGACUACAUGGACUCCAUUUUGGCCAUGCAAGCUGCAGUCUUGUCGUCUGUGGGACCCCCUCGACCUCUGACCUCCUCAGUUUUUGCCACCCUUGACCCGACCCGGUCCAACUCCAUGACCUCCACGGGUCAGUGCAGGAUAGCCCCCCUCAUGCCCCUCAUCCUGGACUCCUCACACCUGUACGAGUUCAUCCUCAAGCUCAUGUUCAAACUGCACUCAUGUCUGCCUUCAGACGUACUGGAUGGACACAGGGACAGGUUUCUUCACCAGUUCCAUGCGUUGAAGAAGUUCUACCAUGCCGCAGGAAAGUUGCAGUUUUUCCCGACCAUGUUGCAGACCAGAGAAUUAUCAGCUCCAUGAACAUGAGAAUACGUGACCUUGAGUUCCAACUGCAGCAGAACAUGGGCACUGUGAGGGAGAUCAGGGAGGACAACAAGCUGCUAGUCGCCCAGCUGGAGAGAGGGGGCGCUGGUGCACAGAUGCAGCAGAGGCAGAAAUCAGACGAACUGGAAAAACAGCUGAAGGAGUCAGAAAAACGUGCCAACAAAAGUGGAAAAGUUACCAAAAUGAAGGACGUGUACACCAAACUGCGGGAAGAACACAUUGUCCUCCUUCGAAAGAGUGCGGAGGUAGAGAGGCAGCUCACCCACACCUACAAGUCCAAGGAUGAGACGGAAGCAGCCAAGAAAACAGCUGAGGAGUUUGCACAGAGGUUACAGUCUUCUAUGGAUGAAAAGAAAUCAGAAGAGGAAGCGAAGACCAGACAACUGCUGACUGAACAACUAAGCCUUCUGGUGAGCGCAGUAGAAGAGGGCGAGCACAUGGUCCGUGGAGCGCUGGACAAGUUUGAUGAUCCUCUACACGCACAGUCUACGUCUACAGCAGAAUACCUGAUCAGCCGAGCCCAGAGCUUGCUGGGAUCUCUGGACAGUCUGGGCAGGAACUACAACAGCUUCACACAGAACAAGAAAGUGACCCCUGACCUGGUGAGAACUGUGACUCAGUUCAGCCACCUAGCAGCUGACACCAUACUGCAGGGCAAGGCUGCAUCCCACAUGGCACCCCUGGAGCAAGGGGAAGACCUUGCUGAGAGGUGUAAGGGUACAGGCGAGAAGAGCCUGGUGCUGCUCGGGUCGCUACGGCAACAGGGGUCAGCUGAGGUCACCAGUCAACAAGUUGAAGAUGUCAAGGCUUCCAUUCAAGAUAUGAUUACAUGUGCUCAGGAACUGAUCCCUAAGAUUGCAGACAUUAAGAGUGAGCUGGGAGACCUGGUGGAGACGGAGAUGUCUGAGACGACGGAAGCCGUGGACAAGGCUGCAGCUAAGAUUGAGGAGAUGCUGAACAAGUCUCGGCAGGGCAGCUCAGGGGUGCGACUGGAGGUUAACGAGAAAAUCCUGGACUCCUGUACAGAGCUGAUGAAAGCCAUCAAGCAGCUGAUCAUUAAGUCUAAGGAUCUGCAGAACGACAUCGUGGCUCAGGGCAGGGGUACAGCUACAGCCCAGGAGUUUUACAACAGAAACCCUCGCUGGACAGAGGGACUCGUCUCCGCAGCCAAGACUGUCGGCUGGGGUGCAACUGUGCUCACGGAUGCAGCAGAUAAGGUGAUCCAGGGGACAGGGAAGUUUGAGGAGCUGGUCGUCUGCUCUCACGAGAUAGCCGCCAGCUCCGCACAACUGGUGGCAGCAUCCAAGGUCAAGGCUGAGAAGAACAGUGCAACACUGAAGGAGCUGCGGGCGGCCUCCAAGGGCGUGGCCAACGCCACGGCGAACGUCGUGGCAACCACCAAGUCUGGACAGGCUCAGAUCGAGGAGAGUGACACCAUGGACUUCUCAGCGAUGUCUCUCACCACCAUCAAGCGGCUGGAGAUGGACUCCCAGGUGCACGUGCUGGAGCUGGAGAGCUCUCUCACCAAGGAGAGACAGAAACUGUCGGACCUGCGCAAGAAACACUACCAGCUGGCUGGGGUGAGCGAGGGAUGGGAGGAAGAGGACAUUCUGAAUUGUGAUGUUGUCAAGAGACAGGAGUCACGUCAGGAGGAUGCUGACUAGAGGCACCACUAGAUGUUGUUGCUCUGCCGCUCAGCCUGCCGACCAGUGAUCUACCCUCCUUAAAACAGUACCUACAGUAGUUCCAGUCAAGUCUGCUCUCUACGUUUCUUCCGCCUGUACUGACUUAUACCCAGAAAACUCUACCUGGCAUCUGAGCAACCAUGGCUGAUCUGUACAAAUUGCUGGAUCACAGUUGAAUAGUAAUCUCCUCCAGAAAAAAAUUGGACUUACCCAAACUUUGUCUGAUCAACUCCAGUCAUUGUCAAGGUACGAGCAUUGUCCACUGCUUCAAUUCUGUGAUGUCACGUUAGGCAAGUAGAACAUGUGACUCGGUGAGCAGUGGAUCAUAAGUUGCAGGAAGUCUAUGGCACCCUCGUCUUCAGAAUGACUUCUACCAAUGCAUUCGGAUGGACUGUCAUGGGAACCUCUAUAUGCGCUGAACCAUUUGGGCAAAUCCCAUCUGAUUCAACAGAGUGGCAUCUACUGUACCAAUCUCCAAACAGACCCAUCAGUAGAUCUUCCUAUGGUGAUCUGUGCCCAGGCUGAUCAGUGUUAAACCUUUGGUUUCUCUGUGAUCUAUUUGCUACCAACUUCCACACAGAUGGUUAGUGGUACCAACUUCAGGCAUUGACCAAUGAUGAACUACAUGUAGCCUGACUGAACGACACUUACACCAGCCCUUCCAAUGGUCAGGCCCUACACGCUUCAUGGCCAACAUCUCUUUAGGGGAAUAGGGAACAUCCUCAUACUGUUGAUUUAUGUGCUGACUAGGAGGUGGCUGACUAGGGGUGGGUACUGGUACAGUGUACUGGUAGAAAAACUUUUUUUCCCAGGACUGGUCAAAAAAAAAAAAAACUUGAGAAAAAUCAGUGGACCGGAUGUUGGACCACUUCAAAAAUUAUUAGCCAUCAAAGUUACUUCUUAUGCAAGUGAGGCAAUAAAAAGGCCACAGUGACAAUUACAAAAAACUUCAAAAAGUACCAGGCGGAUUUACCUGAGCAAGUAAUUUCAUAGAGCAAGCAAGUCUGAGCACAGCUGUGUAAAACUGGAAUUCUCUUCUUGUAGCUAUGUGUACAGUGAACAAACUAUUAUAGAUUCAGCUACAUGUGUACAAUGUCCAAAAUAAUGGUGUUACUACCAGAAACUUGAGAACAGUUGAGCUACUGGUGAAAAAUAAGUACACAAUGUAUAUGGCAGCAUAGACGUGGUGGUAUCUAGGAUUAUCCAAAAUAUUAAACAUGGGGCCAAGUUAAAGCAGGGGUGCGAGGUGUUGUAGAUAGAACUGCUUGAUGGGAAGUUAGCUGGGAUCCCGUCGUCAUUGUGGUUUCAACGUCCAUCCGCUACCGUCCAGCACCCAUGUACAAAAGCUGUGCAUUGAGCUGAAGACUAAACUGUGAAUUAAGUUGAAGAUUUUACAUUAUUUCUGUACACAAAGAAAAACUUACUAAUAUCAACAAGCGUUUGGUCUAUCCUCUUACCCUUCUCAAGUAGAAAUGACCCAAAGCCUACCGGUAUGUCACAUGAUCUGAAUAGAAGUGUGAUGUCAGCAAUUGGUCAAAAGUGCCGGGAUUAAAGUUAUCGGUCAUGGGCCAGAGGACUGACGGAAACUUUGUUGAUAGAAAAUUUUCUUUGAGUACGGAUAAGUUUGAAAUCUUCGCUAUGUUGAUAUCCAUCACAGAUGAAGUUUCAUGCAAAAAUUGUGAGUGUAGAAGAAAUAGGGAUAAGGAGCAAGCAGUCAAGCAACAGUACUCAUAAAUAAUGUCCUGCUACAGUAUACAGAAUACAGUAUACAGAAUCUAGGAAAUCAGGAAACUUUGGUCUUUAGGUGAGUGCAACAGGUCGUGCGUUGUACAUGGACAAUUUCGGGUAGGUCAUCAACUAUGAAUUAUGUGUGCAGUUGUCGACAUCUCUCUCUAUAUAUAAACAUGUACUACUGUUACUGUAGUGUGUCUAGAGGUUGUUUGACGUGACCACUACAGGGCAAUUGUGAGAUAUGAUAUAAUACUACUAUUAGGUGAGUUAUAGUUAGUCAUGGUAAUACAUAGAUUCGGAAGGAAAUAUACAUAAUUAUGUAGGGUCAGGGAAUGUCAGCAAUGAUUGUAUAGCAAUGACUUACUGUUAAGAGAGUGCUAAUUAGGCUAGGUUGGCUUCUGAUAUAUUCAUGUAUGUAUACAAUACAUAUGUUACAUGCAGGGUGGUGCUUCCAUUUUUCUUUCUCUUCAAGCAAUGGACAAAAAGGUGAAUAAUUUACAGAGAUGUCGCCCACUUUGCCCCAAUCAUGUUUUACCAAAUAUCUUAUUCGCUUUUUUUUGUCCUGGAAAAUUCCAGUGUCAAUCCUGUAUAUGUAGUUGUUAUGCCUUGUGUAUGAUCUGCGCUUGUUUUCAUAGCCUAGUGAAAAGAAUGUCUUUUUUAUUCCUUCACUUCAGUAUUUCCAAACUUAUUUAUUUUGUGAUUGGUUGGCGUAUAUAUUCUUCUUACCUGUAGUUAGACUUUUCUAUGACUGUUAUUUUUUAGAACAUCAUACUUUCAGUGUUUCAUGUAUUUUCUGGACAUGAAAGACCAUUUUGAUUGUAGUUGUAUUACAAACAACAACACCGCAAAACAUGCCUGUGUGUGUGAAUAAGAAACAAA